AUGGAGAAUCACUCGUUGAAACAUAGAAAUGGCCAAAAUAUUAUCAACUUUGUUCUCUUUCCUUUCAUUUUCAUUUUUAUCUUUUUUCUCUUCUCUCUUUCUCUCUCUUUCUGUUCUUCUGCUUCUCUCUUUUCUUUCUAUUUGUCAUUUUUGUCUUUCUUCUCUUCUUUCUGUUCGUCUCUUUUUUUGUUCGCUUUACUUUCUUUUUAUUUCUCUCAUUUUUAUCUUUCUUCUCUGUCUUUGUUUCUCUCUUUUUCUCUUUUGUUCUCUUUUCUUCCCUUCUGCUUCUUUUGCUUCUCUUUUAUCUUUCUUCUCUUAUCUCUCUUUCUCUGUUUCUUUUUCUCUCUUUUUCUCUUUUUUCUUUCUUUUUGUUUCUCUCAUUUUAUCAUUCAUCUCUCUCUUUCUGUUUUCUCGCUUUUGUUCUCUUUUCUUUCUUUUUUCUUUCUUUCUUUCUUUUUCUUUCUGAUUCUCUCAUUUUAUCUUUCUUUUCUUCUCUCUUUUUCUGUUUCUCUCUUUUGUUCUCUUUUUCUCUUUUGUUCUCUUUUCUUUCUUUCUUUCUUUCUUUCUUUCUUUUCUUUCUUUUUCUUUUCUGAUUCUCUCAUUUCUUUCUUUCUUUUUUCUUUCUCUAUUUUUUUUUUCUUAUUCUCUCAUUUUAUCUUUUUUCUUUCUUUUUUUCUUAUUCUCUCAUUUUAUCUUUUUUUUUCUUUUCUUUCUUUUUCUCUCAUUUUAUCUUUUUUUUCCCUUUUUUUUUCUUUCUUUAUUUUUUUUCUUUCUUUCUUUCUUUCUUUCUUUCUCUCUUUCUUUCUUUCUUUCUUUCUGUUUCUCUCAUUUCUUUCUUUUUCUGUUUUGUUUCGAAUACCCUGCCGCCAUAACUCACCGUUGUUCCUACGUCUGCUCCUCUUUUCUCUAAUUAUUCUUUUCUGUUCCCUCCACCCAUUUCAAUACUUUUCUCUCACUCUUUCUCUCUUUCUUUCUCCCUCUCUUUCUCUCUCUCUCAUUCUCUCCCUCUCACUCUCUCAUCAUUUUCUCUUUUCCGAACCCUUUUCCCCCCGUUUGGUUUUAAUGACUUCAGAUUCAAUCAGACUCUCAAUUUCUUAUAACUAA